GUGUGAGCUGCUCGCCAUUUUUCAGCACACAAGAAACGCAGCGCAGCCGAGGAGGGCUGAAGAGUAAGCAGGCGGAGCUGGACGCCCAGCACUCUAUGGGGCAAGAGUGAGAUCAGGGGUAAGCAACUGUGAGCUUUGAGAUGCCUUUUUGCGUAAAGGUGCUGAACAGAUUUGAGUGUCUUCGGACGACCAUAUGGCGUGAAGUACGGACACGGAAGUCUUCUUUUUCCAUACACUUCUCAUUGCGUUCGGGGUUUGGUAGAGCAUUGAACCUUCACUUGCUGUUGGCUGAGCUUGGUCCUUGGUUGACUAGCAUGUUGUGCUUUCAUAAAUUCAAUGGCAAUGCUGCUGUAGAAUAGUCAAGCAGAGUGUAUUCUCCAAAUUAGGGUUCCGCCAUCCUCUAAGGGAAGCUUGAGCGAUGGAGAGCCAGGCUCAUCGAACUAUCCAGAGUGGUAGCAGCAGCUUCUCCCCUUUCUGUCAGAAGCAUUCAAGCAUCUUUUCUGAAACUCUGUCGUGUCAAGGGACAUGGCUUCUCAAGAGGUCUGGAAGGGGCACUUUGGACAGGGGCACGAGAAAAGGUUUGUACCCUCAGACUCCGGCAACCAAUCUCGGCCUCAAGCUUCCUUGCAAGAAGUCUGUUACGUGUCAGGCGGGGGCAGAGAAUGGGGAGCCGGGGAAGGAGCUGAAACCUGGACGCAAGAGCGGAGUCCUGGCUAAGGGCCAGUGGUCUGCCAAGCCGAUCAUCCAAGAUGUCAGAGACAUUCCGGAGGUCAAGUGGCAGGAGUUUCCCAGCGCAAGUAGGUUAGGAUUCACAACAGUGCUGUACGGAGGUGUAUACCUGGCCAGCCAGGUGCUCUGCAGCACGGCCAAGAUCGACGUGUGGGAAACGUUCCAGCUGACCCCCGGGGUCUUUGUCGUGGGCCUCGCGUUCGCUCUGCCGCUGAUCCUGGCGUCAGAGUGCAUGCAUCAUGAUUACGUGGUGGACAGGUGGCAGCCCGCGCAAGCAGUGAGGGAGGCUGAGGAGGACGAGAAUGCAGAUUUUUACACGGGGAUGACGACAACGCAGCUGGUGUUGGUGACGUCCAUGAAAGCAGUGGCGGAGGAACUCUUCUACAGGGCAGGCGUUCAGGGGGUCAUUGCACACUGGCUGGCGCUUGGCAGCAAGGGCUUCAUGGCGACGAGCACGGGGAUCUCGUCCGUGACGGGCAUCGUACCCCCCUUCGGCCCCUUUUCCGAAGCGCUGGCAGUCGUAGCGACGGCGUGCGUGGCGGGCCUGGUCCACCUCAAUCUGUCUACUCCUAGGGAACCUGAGGUCAUCAUCGCAGCGGCAGAUGCUGACGUCUUUGGUGGAAGAGAGGACGUCAAGCUCAUGGUCGAAGAGUGGCUCCAGGGAAGAAAGUUGCGGCGGAUUUACUCGCCGAUGGUGGAGAUCAUGCUGGCGAUCUUCCUUGGCUUCGAGUUGCUUCGGGUGGGGAACAUUGCUGCUCCUAUUACAACCCACGCUGCUUACGAGUUAUGGAUUGUGGGUGCGAGCCUUCUGCGGUGCAAGCUGGAGAAGCCCGUUCUGAAAGGGUCACAAUUACAUAGGGCUCCCUUGAGGAAAGACGGUACUUAAAGUCGAUGAUAAUUGCUUGUAGACAAACGAAUGUUCUUUCUUCAAGGUAACACCUCAGGGGUUGGUAUGCUUGCUUGCUCUUGUAAAUAGCGCUUUUUCGUGGCAAAAUGUAUAAUCUGAUCAGACCAGCUAGCUAGCUGAUCCAAACUUACAUAUCUGCAAAGUGUUUGAUUGUGCUCUAGCCCAAGCGCGUAGGAGGUGUACUGUAGGUAGAACAAGUGUUCCUGAAACAAGGGCCAAGUCAUUGUACAUUUACAUCUGUAGGAAGCCUUUACGUUGUUGCCUUACGGUGAGCAUGAGGUGAGCAUCAGUAGCAUGCCACCUGGCACGUCACUCCAU